AGUGACGUUAAAUUAUAAACUUUUAACGGCGGCAAGGAGAAUCAAAAACAUUGAAUUCAUGUAAGCAAAGAUUUUGUAAUUACUCAAAUUUAUAGAAUUUGUUUGAAGAAUAAACAAACUCGUGUAAUACAAGAAAAUAGUAUAUAGACUUCUGGCAUUGCGUUUAUUAAAAAUGCCGCGAACGAAAAAUGUUCGAAAACCAAAACAAGAACAGCAAUUUGCCGAAGAAAGUGAUUUAUUAAUAAGAGAUUUUGAGCGUCAGGCACAAUUACGAAUUUUAAAAAUGGAAGGAGAAGCAAGAAUGGCAAUAAAAAGCGUUGAAACUUUCAUUGAUGUUACUCUUUCACGGCUUCCAUCGGAAAUACGACAAAUGACUCUCGGUGAAAUACUUAAUUACGAGAUCGAUAAUAAGAAAGAAACUUGUGAUGAAGUUUCGUCGUCAGUGGAUGAUUGUUCAUUACCGUCUGUCACAGUAAAAGUGAAAGGAAAGAAAAAUAGAAUUACUGCAUCCGACGACGGAUAUGUAACCGAAGGCGUCGCUACAACUCGCUCGUCUAGAGCACCAAAAAUUACAGACAGUACCUAUGUUGGUAGAACACGUAGUAGUUCAAGAAACAGUAGGAUUAAGCAUAGCGAAGUUAAUCAAGACACUGUAAAGAAGACAAGUAAAAAAGAAAGAAUUAAAGAAUCAAUGAAAUCAAAUAAAUUCAAGACACCUGCAACUUUAAAACCUGGAAAUCUUGAGUUUGGUCUUGUAACUCCAAAAAUCAAACCAAAUACACCAUUAAAUGUAUUAAGACGUCCACGACAAGGAGAAAUGGUUCUUAGUAUGCAAGGUAGUCCUUUAUUAGUUUCUGCAAUUGUUCAAGAAGAUACAGCUAAUAUUAAUGUACCUUUGGCCAAUGGUAACGUUAUAUCCCUAUUACCUAAUGAUGGUUUACGUAUGUCACAUAUUCCUGAAUUAGAUCCAGAAACUAUGAGGCAGCUAGAAACUCUAAAGAACCAUAUUGAGAAAGUUAUCUCUGCAAAAUAAAUAUAGAAUCAUUGAUAGGAUAAAUUUCUUCCUGUGCCUUUUAUAUCUAACUAUUGUGUUAAGACAUGAUGUGUAUUUUGGAUACUUUGUUACAACUUUAUUGUAAGCAGCAUCAUUAAAAUAAACUAAAUUACACUGAA